AUGGCGUUUUGUAGUUCCUCAUCAUCUAUACCAGAAAAAUACAAGAAACUGGUAUCAUCUUUCUUCAGUUCUCCGAAGCUAUUCGCCAAUUUCACAUCGAAAGUGUUGUGUGAGACUGAGGCUAUGAUGAGUCCAACCUCAAUACUCGACAGCAAGCCUUCAUCUGGCCUUAAAAACCCUUUUAGGUCAGAAACAAACAGCCCCAGAACCCUGGUUGGUGAACACAAGCGUUAUUGGGAUAAAUUGGAUUCAAAGGGUCUUGUUGAUGCUCUUGUUGAUGACAACAAGCCUGGGGAAAUUGCAUCAAAGUCACAAAGCAGAAUGAUUCUCUUUGGAUCCCAGCUCAAGAUUCAGAAUCCUCCACUGCCUCAUCCAACAGUCUCUCCUUCUCAAUCACCUAAAUCUGUGUUUGGUUCUGCCAAUUCAGCCCGUGAACCCUCCAAAUCUUCAAAAGUUUUCACGGGGUCUCUCUCUGCUAGCGAAAUGGAGCUUUCUGAGGACUACACUCGAGUGAUUUCCCACGGGCCCAACCCAAGAACCACUCACAUAUUUGAUAACUGCAUCGUUGAGAGUGGCUGUUUUGAUGUUGGAUGCUCUUCUUCUCCCAUGGAAAAUGUGUUUCUUCCUCCUCACACCAGUUAUUCCUCCGAGAGCUUCAUGAGCUUCUGUUUUUACUGCAACAAAAAUCUUGGGCACGAUAUGGACAUCUACAUGUACAGGGGCGAGAGAGCAUUUUGCAGCAUUGAAUGCCGUGACGAGGGAAUGCUGUUGGAAGAGGAGAUGAUGAGCAAAUUGAAAGCUGGAGAUCUACAUCAAGGGGCAUAA